AUGUUAAACACCAAGCUGAUAACUCAGCUCGUACUGCUGUCUACCAUAUUCUCGGUGGUCGUUCUGCUCAGCAUUAAGUUUCUUGAAAUUCAAAAGGACUAUCCAAGAAAGAACUUUUGUAUCGCAUGUCCAAGCCUUGCAGAGGGAAGUCUUCUGAGACGAAUCGAGAUCGAAAUCAACUUCAAUCUACUUCUCAUGUGUGAUUUCUUGUCAAUGAUGAUGAUCAUUUUGUUGUUCAUAAUUGAAAGAUACUACGAACAUCCGACCUAUCUCUUUGCAUUCCACGUCUGCCGGUUCAUUUUCAACGCGACCAAUCUAGCCACAUCAGAUAUUCUCCCAAAGAUCAUGAAGCCAAUGCUCAGAGAAUUUUGUGGAUUUGGUGGAGAAUGCUCCGAUAAGACAGUUCUCCCUCAUACCACUGUUGGAUUGCUCUACCUGAUCUAUUUCGCGGUUUUGCUCACCAACUUUUCGAUCACUAUAAUUUUGAUGUACUUUUAUGAGCCGUACUACCAAACUAGACAUACCCCAAUCAUUCUCCACGUAAUCGACACACCACGUCGUAGUCGUCCUGUGCUUAAACUCGAUAUGCCUCCAGUGUUCGACGCUCCACCUAGAUAUUCGUCAUUCAAUCGUUCUCCAUCUCCUCCAAAAAUGUUGAGAGCCGCAAUUCCAGUCGCCAACCAGAAAAAGUAUCACCGUCUCGAAUCAUCUGACUCGUUCUUCUUCCGCAACUCUAAGAAUAAGAUUGCGCCUUCUACUCUCCCACAAUUCCAACCUCAAAUCAUGGCAUGCUGA